CUAUCACUUGUUGAACAACGUAAGGAAAAACUUGCACAACUCGGAUAUUGCCAUUAAACUUAUGCUCCUGCCAAAAACAAACAUUUGCUAAGAAAAUCCAUUAAAAUGACAUAAAGGCUAAAAUUUCACAUUAGAAAUGUAAAUUUCUGCCCGCAAAAUACUGCGAAUUUAGAACCAAUAGCAACUGUGAUAUCCAAUAGAAUACGGCGCAGAAGGUAACUCCAACACAACAAACAUGCAGCCAUUUCAUAUAAAUAAAAAAUUAGCAAUUAGCUCCAGCAUAUGUCUGCUGCUUGUAGUGAAUUUUAUGCUGGCAACAGCAAAUGCGGCCAAAGAAAACCUCCAUAGUGAGGAGUUAAUGGGUUCAAGGGAAAUUAAGGCAGCCGGUAGUUUUCGAGAGCCAACAACCACAGAACAACAUCAUAGGCACAAUAAUCAUCAUCAGAAAACCAGCAGCAGCAGCAGCAACACACACCAUCAUCAAGCAACAGCACAGCAACAUCAGCAAAGGCAUCAUCAUCAACAGCAGCAACGUCGCCACAGCUCUCCCCAAACUCAGCCAUUUUCAUCAUCAUCAUCAUCUCACAGCUAUAGCAACAACCAUCAUAGACAAGCGCGUCAGCGUAAUUCUGGCCCUGCCCAGUCCUCAAAGCGUUUUUCACGUGACUCCAAUUCCAAUUCGUCGAGUCGAAAACCCAAUAUCAUACUCAUACUUACCGAUGAUCAGGAUGUGGAAUUGGGCUCCCUCAAUUUUAUGCCUCGUACUUUGCGUAUAUUACGCGAUGGAGGCGCAGAAUUUCGCCAUGCCUAUACCACAACGCCCAUGUGUUGCCCGGCUCGUUCGUCACUAUUGACCGGCAUGUAUGUGCACAAUCACAUGGUCUUCACCAACAAUGACAACUGCUCCAGUCCCCAGUGGCAGGCCACGCAUGAGACACGUUCCUUUGCCACCUAUCUCUCCAAUGCCGGCUAUAGGACGGGCUAUUUUGGCAAAUAUCUCAAUAAAUAUAAUGGUUCCUAUAUACCGCCGGGCUGGAGGGAGUGGGGUGGCCUCAUCAUGAACUCGAAAUACUAUAAUUAUAGUAUCAACAUGAAUGGGCAGAAGAUAAAGCAUGGAUUUGAUUAUGCCAAGGAUUAUUAUCCAAAUUUAAUAGCCAAUGAUUCAAUAGCAUUUUUGCGAUCAUCCAAACAACAAAACCAAAGAAAACCUGUGAUGUUAACCAUGAGUUUCCCGGCGCCCCAUGGACCCGAAGACUCAGCGCCCCAGUAUAGUCAUUUAUUUUUUAAUGUUACCACACAUCAUACGCCUUCUUAUGAUUUGGCCCCGAAUCCCGAUAAGCAAUGGAUAUUGCGCGUUACGCAACCCAUGGAACCGGUACACAAACGCUUUACCAACUUGCUUAUGACAAAGCGCUUACAGACCCUCCAAAGUGUAGAUGUGGCUGUGGAAAGAGUUUAUAAUGAACUGAAAACCUUGGGAGAGUUGGAAAAUACAUACAUCAUUUAUACCUCGGAUCACGGCUACCAUUUGGGUCAAUUUGGCUUGAUUAAGGGUAAAAGUUUUCCCUUUGAAUUUGAUGUUAGAGUACCGUUUUUGGUUAGAGGUCCUGGUAUAGAGCCAUCAAGAACGGUCGAUGAAAUUGUUUUGAAUGUUGAUUUGGCUCCCACCUUUUUGGAUAUGGGUGGCGUGCCCACACCCUCUCAUAUGGAUGGUCGCAGUAUUUUACCUUUGUUGUUGAACAAACAAAGACUCAUGAAGGAAGCCUGGCCCGAUACAUUCCUCAUUGAGAGCUCGGGGCGACGUGAAACUCCUGACCAAAUUGCGGAAGCUCGAGCUCGCCUGCAAGUUGAAAGAACCAACAUGAAAUUGGCUAAUAGCACUUUAAUUGAAGAUCUUGUGGAGAAUGCCACAACCACCACCACUACAGCGCGUAUCGAUGUUCUCGAUAUGGAAUCCAGAGAGGAGGAUCAAUAUAUAGGCAAUGCUAAAGAGUCUGACAAUGAAGAUCUUACCGAUGAUGAUUUUGAGUUUGAAAAUGAAGAUGACGAAGUUGAUACCUCAGCAGCCAAUCUUGAGGAGGAUGAUGAGACAGACGAUGAACUUGAACAACAAGAUCAAUUCGACAAUAAUUUACCCUUAGCACCUUACAUUACCAAAAUGAUGCGCUUAAAUUCAGAAUGUUCGGAUCCCACAUUAUUGGAAAAUUGCCGGGCUGGCCAGAAAUGGAAGUGUGUCAAUGAGAAUGGUAGAUGGCGCAAGCAUAAAUGUAAAUUUCAUUUACAGUUACAACAUCAUUUGGCGGAAAUUUCCAAAUAUCCCAAAACUCAAAAUAAACGAAAUUGUGCCUGUUUUACACCAGAUGGCGUCGUAUAUAUAAAGCCGGAAGUCAAAAAGCGGAAUCAAAAUAUGGGUAAAAAUUCCCGCCGCCACAAACGGGACACCGAAAAUUUUGAUAUCGAAGAACUCUAUCAUUCCGACUUACCCUAUGAAAUGGAAGAACUACUGGAUUUACACAAAAAUUUACACGAUGUUGAAAAGCAUCUGCUGGAACAGCAUGAAAAACAUGCCCAGCAGCUAAGGUUGGAACGCACAAAACGUGAACUGACCGCCAAUCUAUUCGAUAAUCCCGAAGCUGUGAACAGUGAUGAGAAUAAAAAGAAUAAUGCCUCCAAUGAUGCCAUCUCAAAGGUCAUACAAGAAAUUCAAGAUACUCUGGAGACUUUGGAAUUAAAAUUUGUGGAACAUGACUGGACUGUAAAUGGCUCGAGUAAAACCUCAGCCACCAAGAUAACAUCGGCCGGGUUUGUAAGAGGUGGCAAAUUCCCCAAAGUUGGGGGUAGAGUGGGCACUCGAUGCUACAUAGAAUCUCAGAGUGGAAAAGUCAAUUGUUCGGAUGUGAUAUAUGAUGAUGAAAAGACUUGGCGUAAAUCCAGAUCUCAAAUUGAUAUGCUAAUCAAGGUGCUAAAGGAUAAGAUAACGCAUUUAAAGGAUAUUAAGAAGCAAUUGAGGGAGAGUAAACAACAGCAACAACAAGGAAGGCAUUGGAAUAACGAGUUUGCCCAUCAUAACAGAGGGAGGGUUGAAGGAGCAGCAAACGAUAAUUUCAAUACAGAAGGUGCAACUCAUUAUGGCUCAGGUUACCGCCAUCAGAAAGGCCGUCAUAGAAUGCCUUACAAUCACCAUCAUCAUCAACAGCAGCCGCCACAGCAUCAUAACAACAAUCGUCAUUACAAUACUGGCAUGGGUGGGGGUAAUGCUUACCCCAGCUCUGGUAGAAGGCGAAUUGAGAGUAAUGUGGAUAAUGCAGAAUUUGAUAUGAACUAUUUUGUACCCAAAUCCAGAAAAGUCAACUAUGAGGAUACCAUGAGCUCAUCCAACCAAAAGAACAAACAUCACAAUCAAGUGCCAAAUACAUCAACCACCACAAGCCAGCCCACAGAAGCUUCCUCUAGCAGUGCUGAAGAGAGUAGCUUUGCAAGUUCAACUCCUGAAAGUAUAGCCUCCAGUUCGGAAACUAUUGGCCGCAAUAAGCCCAAAAACAAGGGAGGACAAAAGGAAGAGGUCAAGGAAACCUAUUACAAUUCUCGACAUUCUGCAAGUGAUCUUUUACCCAAUGGCAAUAACCAAUUCUCAGGACCUGCCGAAUGCUAUUGUGAGCCGGACAUUGACUAUACUGAUUCCAAGGAAGUAGCUCGUGAAGCCCGCCGCAAACUAAAGGAGGAGAGACAACGCAAAAAAGAACGUAAACGCAUCAAAAAGGCCCGCCUGGAAAAGGAAUGCCUUUCGGAGAAAAUGAAUUGUUUCUCCCAUGACAAUAGCCAUUGGCGUACUGCUCCUCUGUGGAAUGACAGUCCCUUCUGUUUCUGCAUGAAUGCCAACAACAACACCUACUCGUGUUUAAGAACCAUCAAUGCCACCCAUGAUUAUUUGUAUUGUGAAUUUACCACAGGUCUCAUAACCUACUACAAUUUAAGAAUAGAUCCCUUUGAGACCCUUAAUCGUGCUUCUUCACUGACCCUCAACGAAAAAUCCUAUAUGCAUGAUACUCUUGCCAAACUCAAGAAUUGUAAAGGCAGAAGUUGCACCUUGAAACGGCCUCAGAUUAUAGGCAAUUCCUCCCAAGCAACAGUGAAUAGCCUGCAGCGAGGCACCAAGAGAAAACAUGUUCAAAGUUCUUUAUCGGCUUCCCUUAAUGGAAACUCGGACUUAAAUCUAAAUCGCAUGGACUAUGAAGGUUCCCAAACGAUGCGCAGAAAAUUGUCAAAUUUUUUCUGUGUAGUAUGUAUCAACUGUUUUGACUUGAUAUGCAUCAACUGUUUUGACUUGAUAUGUAUCAACUGUUUUGACUUGACUUUGGUCUUUGUUCUUGUUACUCUACGAGAAAGUUUUUGUUUUCUUAUUGUCUCCAUUAUUUCGAUUGUCUUUUACAGUGGAUGGUCAACGAAUGCCAACAACAUAAGACGUAAACAAUGGAAAUUGCACCAGCAGCAGCAGCAACAACAUCAACAUCAUACUUAUUACAGCAGCCACCAACCGAUGGGUCAACAAUUUAGAAAUACAUACAACAACAACCACAACAAUCAUCAGCACCAACACAAUAGAUUGCAGCAGCAGCAUCAGUUGCAGGAACAUCAGCAACAUCAGCAUCAUUAUCAACAACAACAAUUGCCCUUGGAACGUGCGACUAGUUUAAGAAGAAAUCGUUUCCAUGAAGACAACAACAGUCGACAGCAGCAGCAGCAGCAAGUACCACACCACCUACAACAGCAAUACAAUACAGAUGUUCAUAAAUCUAUAACGACAACAAUACGAACGGAUAUAAACAACAAGGACUUGAUUCAGAUUUCUGACAACAGCAGAGGUGGCAUUGGUAACAGUGUGACUUCAACUUCAGAGGCCUCACCAAUAGCGGCUUCAUCAAUGGAGGCCUCCUCAACAACUGCAAAAGCAGCAGCAGCUGAUGAUACAUCAUCAAUUAAUGAUGACGACCUAACACUAGAACAGCAGCAGGAACUAAGGUCUUCUCAUCAUCAGCAGCCACACUCAAUAACGCCAUUACCCGAAUUAAGUCUGUAGUCAAGUCUUUAGAAAAUCAAAUCCCUGUGAAAUUUCUUAACUUAUUGUAAAAAACAAAAACAAAAUCCCCUUAAACAAAAUUCGUCAUUACGAUAUUUAAAGUUAACAAAAAAACGUUAUAAAGCAAAAGAAAUUCCAAAAAAAAAAAAUCUAGAAAGACGUUCCCAAGUUAUUGGUUAUAUCCCCUCUAUCUAUCACUCUUUUCAAGAAGAGUAAAAAAUCGCCAUUCCCAAAAACGUCCUCCUCCAUCCCAAACAUAAUGUUCGAAAUGAUAUUAACGGAAAUUCGAAAUUAUAUUUAUUAGAUGUAAAUGAAAACUACAACAACAAUAAUUGUAUGUAUAUGCUCAUUAUUUAUUAGAAAAUAUAUUAUAAAACAGAAAAAAAAAACAAAUAAAUAAAAAAUAAACAAAACAACAGUAAAACUACAAAUAUGCGCUCCUUCAACAACAUAUCCGCCAACUGCAUAUCUCUUCAAAAAGCAAAAAAAAAUGAAAUCAUUAAGUACUACACAUUAAAUUUAAUCAUUUAUUGUUGUUGUUAAAUAACAUUACUGAAACUAUUUAAGAAUAAUAACAACCUAAGCUUAACUAUAUAAUCUAUCUACAUACAUUAUAUACUUACACAAUGUUCAUUUAUGAUAACUAGGACUUGAUAAUAGCAAAAAUAUUUUCAUUAGCAUGCUACCAAAAAAAAACAUUGGUCUACUCCACUUUCAAAAAUUAAUACGUUUUUGUACCAUCAACCAUAUAAAGGGGGGGGAUAGACUAACUUCGAUUUCCAUUUGUAACUCACGAUUUUAAAAUCCAGAUGUAGGCCGCAUUGUUGUUGUAGCAGUGAAGCAUCCCCCUAUAAAGGGGGAUAGACUAACUUGGAUUUCCAUUUGUAACUCACGAUUUUAAAACCCAGAUGUAGGCCGUAUUGUUGUUGUAGCAGUGUGUUGUGUUCUAUCUUACGUCUGUUUGAUUGUGUCGAAUAUCCAGAUCCGGCAACUCUCGACUCGUCUAAGGUGGUUUGCGUCCAGAGGGAUCUGGGUUUGAAACGAGUGGAUCUGGUUGGGCAGUGAAACAGGUGACGUGUGGUCCCAUAUCACAAUCGGAACACAUGUUGUUCAAUAAAUUGACGGUUGAACAAUAUGCAGCAUCUCUUCUUCAGUCACGGUUACGUCGCAAGAAGUGACUGAGUUCGUCCCAUCUACCGGGGUUCGAAAGUGACCUAACAGUAGACCACAACCUGCUUAAACCAAUACCUUAAUUACAUUGCUCCAAGUGUUCCCGACGCAAAUUCCGCCAAUGUUUUAUACCCACCACCGAAGGAUGGGGGUAUAUUCAUUUUGUCAUUCCGUUUGCAACACAUCGAAAUAUCCAUUUCCGACCCUAUAAAGUAUAUAUAUUCUUGAUCAGCGUAAAAAUCUAAGACGAUCUAGACAUGUCCGUCCGUCUGUCUGUUAAAAUCACGCUACAGUCUUUAAAAAUAGAGAUAUUGAGCUGAAACUUUGCACAGAUUCUUUUGUUGUCCAUAGGCAGGUUAAGUUCGAAGAUGGGCUAUAUCGGACUAUAUCUUGAUAUAGCCCCCAUAUAGACCGAUCCUCAGAUUUAGGGUCUUAGGCCAAUAAAAGUCACAUUUAUUAUCCGAUUUUAAUGAAAUAUGGGACGGUGAGUUGUGUUAGGCCCUUCGACUUCCUUCGUCAAUUUGGCUCAGAUCGGUCCAGAUUUGGAUAUAGCUGCCAUAUAGACCGAUCUUCCGAUCUUAGGCCCAUAAAAACCACAUUUAUUAUCCGAUUUUAAUGGAAUUUUGGAAUUUGGGACGGUGAGUUGUGUUAGGCUCUUCGACAUACUUCGUCAAUUUGGCUCAGAUCGGUCCAGAUUUGCAUAUAGCUGCCAUAUAGACCGACACUCCGAUUUAGGGUCUAAGGCCCAUAAAAGCCACAUUUAUUAUCCGAUUUUGCUGAAAUUUGGGACGGUGAGUUGUGUUAGACCCUUCGACUUCCUUCGUCAAUUUGGCUCAGAUCGGUCCAGAUUUGGAUAUAGCUGCCAUAUAGACCGACACUCCGAUUUAGGGUCUUAGGCCCAUGAAAGCCACAUUUAUUAUCCGAUUUUGCUGAAAUUUUGGACGGAGAGUUGUGUUAGGCCCUUCGACCUUCUUCGUCAAUUUGGCUCAGAUCGGUCCAGAUUUGGAUAUAGCUGCCAUAAAGACCGACACUCCGAUUUAGGGUCUUAGGCCCAUAAAAGCCACAUUUAUUAUCCGAUUUUGCUGAAAUUUGGGACGGAGAGUUGUGUUAGGCCCUUCGACUUCCUUCGUCAAUUUGGCUCAGAUCGGUCCAGAUUUGGAUACAGCUGCCAUAUAGACCGGCACUCCGAUUUAGGGUCUUAGGCCCAUAAAAGGCGCAUUUAUUGUCCGAUGUCACCGAAAUUUGGGACAGUGAGUUAAGUUAAACCCCUUGACAUACUUCUGCAUUAUGGCACAGAUCGGUCAAGAUUUGGAUAUAGCUGUCAUAUAGGCCGAUCUCUCGGUUUUAGGUUUUGGGGCCAUAAAAAGCGCAUUUAUAAUCCGAUUUAACUGAAAUUUGACACAUUGACUUAUGUUAGGCUUUUCGACAUCCAUGUUGUUUAUGGUUUAGAUCGGUUUAUUUUUAGAUAUAGCUACUGAAAAGACCAAUAUUUUUGUUAUACACAAUUGAACAAUGACAUGUACCUAUUAGUAUUUGGUCCAAAUCGGAUCAUAUUUCGAUAUAACUGCUAUGGGACAUAAGGUAUGCAAUUUUCAGCGCAUUUUGAUGACAGGUGGUUUACAUAUAUACCUGAGGUGGUGGGUAUCCAAAGUUCGGCCCGGCCGAACUUAACGCCUUUUUACUUGUUUUAACUACCCUGUUUAUCUCCAAAUUCAGCUCGCUGAUUCUGGGAUCAGUGGUGUCCGUUCAACAAAUUCUAUCACGCUCGUGAAAUUGAGUCGAACUUGGAGUAUUCGACCUGCUGGUAUAAAGCGAGCGGCGGAAUUUCCCCUCGGCAACUAGUACAUUUGAGCGAGGUGUCAGUACACUGAUGGGGCGAUAAGUGUAUUCUCAGAAACCGAUCGAAGCGGCCUUCUUCUGAUUUAUAAAUGUUCAUCGCUUAAAGGAGCGCUGGAUAGUGAGAAUUAUGGGUAGGUAGUCUGUUCCCAAAGAAAUGACGACUUGCCAGGAUACGUCACUCAGGAGAUCAGGGGAAGCAGGAGACCAGCUACUGCACCUCCUCGUAAUCCAGGUGGUGGCAUCCUCAUUCACCGUGUAAGACGUGGAGCCUUCAAUCUGCUCUGCCAAAUCUAUCCCCAGCUGGUCGUUACCUAGGGGAGAAUGCCAUGAAGUGUGAGGCCCCUAGAACCAGAUGACUUAUGUCGGGCUUGUAAGCUUGGCCAUUAACUGGGCCACAGCUACCAACCGGCGGUAUGUAUACGAUGUAUAGCUCUCUGUCGGCAGUACCGGACCUGACAGCUAUCCCCAUGCACUCCAUGUUGGGGCCAACAGCGCCAGGCGCAGGCGAGAUGUGUCUAUACUGCACGGAAUGGUGUAUCACGGAGGCCAAUCCCCCACCUCCAUUCUCUAAGCGAUCCUAACGUAUCACAUUGUAUCCCUGACACAUUUUCACUGGCUCUCUUUCGAUUCUUUCAAAGGCUGCAGUUACUACUUCCGGUGACCGGCCUUUAAUGUCGAUGUCGUCUGCAUAGGCGUGUAGCAUGUGUUCUCUUGUGAUUAGUAUGUCAUAUCUAUUCACAUCUACAUCUCGUACAAUCUUCUCCAGCAGGAUAUUGAAAGAGAUCACACGAUAGACUGUCUCCUUGUCUGAAACCUCGUUGGGUAUUAAAUUGUUCGAAGAGAUUCUUUCCUAUUUUUACUGAGCAACGCGUAUCAGCAAGUAUCAUCCUGCAGAGUCUUAAAUUUGCAUGGAUACCAAAUUCAGAUAUGACUUGAAAUACCUUUGAACGUAAAGGGGUAUCGAAAGCGGCUUUGUAGUCAUAAAAGAGAGGGUAUUUGUUGAAUUGUCCCUCUCGAGUCUUUUUCAUGCAAACUCAGCAACUUUCGAGUCUUAACUUGUUUGCUUUGGUAUAAAAACGGGUGCCUUGUGGAACUUGUAUGGCUUUACCUUGAGCCAAUUUUUCAAUAUAUGUUGUAUACUUUCGCGGGAUAUUUUUAAAUCUUGAACCAUUUGUACGGCCACUAUGGCGUAGAUUUUAUUGAAUUCAAGCCUUUACUCGCCAAAUCAUUUCAGAUGUAUUUGCAGUUUUUUUUACCAUCACCAUAGUUUGGCAACGCUGUCAGUAUUAUAAUAGAAAUGUAUGGUGCAAUACACAAACAUUUUGUUCACUUUGAGGUUUUUGAGUUCGCCAACAAUAGGCGAUUGUGAUUUUCCAGCCAAAUAUUAUAGCACAAUCACAAUAUUAUGAUUGAAUUGCAUCACGAAUAACUUUCUUUUAAAUAAACUCAGAAGCAAGUUUCUUUUGGUGGCUCGUAGCCAAUAUAAUGAACUGUCAAUAAAACGAAUAUUAUGUAGCUGUCAUUUCUAGUUUGACUCAUAUACCAGUGUGAAUUUGGUAACACUUCGUCAGCUACCCUUAACAAAAAUUGGGCUGAACAUCGUUUGUUUUUUAGAAUUUUAAAACUCAAUUUUUCGAGAGCCUGCAUUUUUAUACCCUCCACCAUAGGAUGAGGUUAUACUAACUUCGUCAUUCUGUUUGUAACACCCCGAAAUAUGCGUCUAGUAUAUAUAUUCUUGAUCCUCAUGACAUUUUAAGUCGAUCUAGCCAUGUCCGUCCGUCUGUCUGUCGAGUAAGGAGUAAAGCUAGGGGCUUGGAAUUUUGCACAUAUACUUUUUAUUAGUGUAAGUGGGUUGAGAUUGUAAAUGGGCCAAAUCAGUCUAUGUUUUAAUAUAGCUGCCAUAUAAACCGAUCUUGGGUCUUGACUUCUUGAGCUUGUAGGAGGUGCAAUUCUCGUCCGAUUUGACUGAAAUUUUGCAUGUGGUGUUUUGGUAUCACUUUCAAUAACUAUGCCAAGUAAAUUUGAAAUCGAUUUAUAUACUGAUAUAGCUGCCAUAUAAAACAAUCUUGGGUCUUGACUUCUUGAGCCUCUAGGCGGCGCAAUUUUUAUCCAAAUUGGCUAAAAUUUUAAAUGAGAUGUUUCGUUAUGACUUCCAUUUGCUGUGCUAAGUAUGGCGCAAAUCGGCACAUAACCUGAUAUAGUUGUGAUAUUAACUGAUCUGGGAUCUUGGCUUCUUGAGCCUCUAGAGGGCGCAAUUCUCAUCCGAUUUGGCAGAAAUUUUGUACAAGGGCUUCUCUCAUGACCUUCAACAUACUUGUCCAAUAUGGUCUGAAUCAAUUUAUAACUUGAUACAGCUCCAAUAUAAACCGAUCUCCCGAUUUUGCUUCUUGCGCCCCUACAAGGCGCAAUUCUUAUCCGAAUGGACUGAAAUAUUACACAAUGACUUCUUCGAUGUUCAGCCUUCAUUUAUGGUCCGAAUCGGACUAUAACUUGAUAUAGCUCCCAUAGCAUAACAGUUCUUAUUCAUUAUUCUUUGGUUGCCUAAAAAGAGAUACCGCGCAAAGAACUCGACAAAUGCUAUCCAUGGUGGAGGGUAUAUAAGACUCGGCCCGGAAGAACUUAACACGCUCUUACUUGUUAUACCCUACACCACUACUGUGGUACAGUUUAUUAUAACUUAGAGAAUUUGUUUGUAACACCCAGAAUCACUUUCUGAUUCGAUUUAGCUAUGUCCGUCUGUCCAUAUUAAUUUGUGUACAAAGUACAGGUCGCAAUUUUCAUCUGAUCAUCUUCAAAUUUGACACAAGCAUUUUCUUGGGCCUAGAGACGAAUCCUAUUGAAAUUGGAAAAAAAUCGGAUCAGAUUUGGAAAUAGCUCCCAUAUAUAUGUUCGUCCGAUUUUGACUAAAAUUGCAUUUUUUUAGUCAUUUGUAAACCGUUUCUCACGAAAUUUUGCACGAGGGUUUCUCUUACAAGUCUUGAUAUUAUUGGGGAAUUUUAUAGAAAUCGGUUCAGAUUUAGAUAUAGCUCCCACAUAUAUAUGUUCGCCCGAUUUGGACUAGUAUUGCAAUAACUUGGCCAUUUGUUAACCGAUUCACACGAAAAUUGGCACAAAGGAUUCCUUUAUGACUCCCGGUAUUGUUAUUGAAUUUAAUAGAAAUCGGUUCAUAUAGAGAUAUAACUACCAUAUAUAUGUGAGAAGUUUACCCUUGUUCCUUAGUGGAAUGUUAAAGGGCAAAAUUUGCAAUAUACAUUCGUCCGAGUUUGAAUGAUACUCAAGAGUUUAGUUAUUUGUGAACAGAUCUUCACAAAAUUUGGCACAAUGGUUAUAACUCUUAUAACUCUUCUGAUGACUAAUGAAUUUCAUAGAAAUUUGUUUUAGAUGUAGCUCCCAUAUAUAUGCAUCUCCCGAUUUUCACUUUUAAGGCCUUUGCUAACCCAUGUAUCAAUCGAUCUUCUCAAAAAAAUCAACUUUAAGCAAAUUUUAAAUUCGACGACUUUGCCUGCAUAUCCAAUGUGGUUUAGGGUAUCAAAAGGUAGGAUUCGCCCGACUUUAGCCCGUCCUUAUUUAUUUUCUUUUGAAUAUUCUAAACCCUUUGGGGUAGACCAAUAAUUAUAUACAAAAAAAUUAUAAAAUUUUAAAUAUGAUACAACUAAACAAGGCUAUUAAAUCCUUACUGUUCUCUGUCAAUAUGCAUACAUGCUCUGUAUAACUAAAGUACCUAACUAUUGCUUAAACAAUAAAUCUAUUUAAAAAAAAAAA